AUGGUUGUGCCUUGGAGCUCGCCUCUGUGCACCAUGCCCUUUAAAUCUGCUUCCUUCGAUCAACCAAGGGUGGAAGCCACCCCCCAACCUCCAUCCAGCAGUCCAAAGAGGAAGAGGGACGAGUCAUCAGAUACUGAGGAUGACCUUGCGGAGCUACUGGAACCUGAUCCCCAGCCGGUGUGGUCAGUGGAGACGCUGUGCAGCUUCAGGAUGACACUGCAAAGGCGCCGUGUGUCUACAGUGCGACCUGAACACCACAAGGUCUUCACCAAGCUGCUCAAGGAUCCCGUGGUGAAAAAAUUCCUGACCUGGGACAAGAUGCUGAGGGUGUCAGACAAGUACCUCUUGUCUAUGGUCAUAGCUUAUUUCAGCCGUGCUGGACUCUUCUCCUGGCAGUACAGGCCAAUCCACUUCUUCCUGGCUCUGUACCUGGCCAAUGACAUGGAGGAGGACAACCAGGCCCCUAAACAAGACAUUUUUUACUUCCUCUAUGGGAAAAGCUAUGCCCAGCGCCCCAUGUUCCACAAACUGCGCUUCCAGUUCAUUCGGUCCAUGAGCUGGAGGAUCUGGGUGUCCCAGGAGGAGUGUGAAGAGAUCCAGGCUUACGACCCAGAGCUCUGGGUAUGGGCGCGAGAUCGCACUAAGCUGACCUGGAACCCUAGGGCCAUGGAUACUUGA